CUUUCAUCUGCACCAGAGAGCACCCAGAACCCCCCAUCCACUCACAGGAGCAUCCAUGCGCUCCCCAAGCCUCCUUCUCCUCCUGGGCCUUUGCGCCCGCGCCGCCCUCUCGGCUCAGCACGCCUUCUCCGUCGACUCUCCAGCUCAUGCCGAAGACGAUGUGGGCGCGACGUUGGCGGACGAUGGUCGUGAUCUCGAAACCGCAGCCGAAUCAAUCAUCUCGACCCUCUCCGCCUCCUCCCAACAUACCACAUUCAUCCGCUUACUCCAGCGCUCCAAGAGCGUACCCAUGCUGGCGCAUAUCGGCAACGCCACAGUGUUUGCGCCCACGGACCAAGCUUGGAAGGAGUGGGCUGAGCGGAAUAAGCCAAGCUCGAAGGCAUUUGAAGAGGAGGGUGACGAUCGGCCGGAUUUGGUUCAUGGCUGGCUGGGACCGGAAGGUUUGGACGACUGGUUUCAGGAUGAAGCAGAAGUUCUCUUGGCUCGGGUUGCAGUCAGUGGUAACCAGGAGGAAGAAGUUCGGGCGAUGGACAACCAGAAUUGGGCUCUGCGGCAGCAUCUCCUCUAUCACAUGCUCAACUAUACCCUCACUCCGAAAUCACUGUUGGCAUCCGAACAAGUCAACAAUGUGACGCUACAGACCACCCUGCUCUACCCUUUGGACGAAGAACCGCCUCUACCGCCUACGCCCGAGCCCGGACCUCCUUGGCUGCCGCGUGGUGGUGAGGGCCUCCUAGGUGGGCACGGGCAGAGGCUUAGGCUUGCCAGAGUAGGAAGCGAAGAAGGGGGAAAGAGGGGCAAAAUCGGGGCUGAUUGGAAAGGCGAAGGUGGAGUAGGUGUUUGGGACGGUAGUGGGUGGAAGGCUGGUAAUGAGAGCAAGCAUGGUGUGACGGGGGUCAAGUGGACGAGGAAUGGAGUGGUGGUGGGUAUCGAGGGUGUUUUGGACCCACCACCCAGCAUUGAUGUAAUCAUCCGAUCUCAUCCAUCUCUCUCAUACCUGGCCAAGAUCAUGCCCCUGUCCAGCCCACCUGCUCCCCUCCCCUCUUCCUUUGCUACAACACCCCACCUGACUGUAUUUGCCCCAUCAAACGAAGCUUUCCUGUCCGCCUUUGAUGAUAUCGAAAGAGGAUACUUGGAAGGGCCUUAUGGCGAUGAAGGGGUUGGCAGGAUCGUUGGUCAGAAUGUCGUGCUUGGGCAGGAUGGAAAGGGCGUGGGGUGGAGUGAUUUGCUGGGCAAAGAGUCAGAUUUCGAAGCCGCUUCCGGUCUACACCUCAACGUCUCUUCUCCAUCCCGCAACGAAGUCCUCGUCAACGACACCAAAGCCGAAAUCAUCGACAUUUUUGCGUCCAACGGUGUCAUCCACAUCAUCCCCAACCUCAUCCUCCCCGCCGAAUUCGACCUGCUCAACUCGGCAGAAAAGAUGCUUCUUUCGCUCAACGCUACCCGCUUUGUUUCACUGUUGCGCACGGCCAACCUGUCGGAUGCUUAUAUUGGAAAGGGCAGUGCGGAGAAGGGCGGGGAUUCGUAUACCAUCCUGGCGCCUACGGACGACGUCCUUGAUACGCUUGAUAAAUGGGGUGGCCUUAGUGCUGCGUCUUCGAACCAUAUUUUGGCGCACGAGAUGACCUCUCCUUCCUCAAUUUCUCCCAUUGGCAACACCCCAUUCAAGGACGUUUCGCCUCUCGCUGCUUUACUGCAAUACCACAUUUUACCCGGCAAGCUUUUGCCGCAAGAUCUCAAAGAUGGGCAGUUGUUACCGACCGAGAUGCGCACGAGCGCUUUGGGUGGGGAGAGGCAGAGGCUAAGAGUGGAGGUGGCUGAAAAGGACGGUAGCAGUCAUAGUGAUUGGGAGACUGUUGGGGAGGGUAAAGUGAGAUUGGGCGGAGCGACCGUCGUUGGAAAGCCUGUAAAAUCCGGAAACAACAUAAUCUACCUCAUCUCCGGCCUACUCUCCACCCCCGACAACGUCCUCCAAACAGCCGUCUCGGAUCUCCAACUAUCCACAUUCGUCGCAGCUCUCUACGCUGCAGACUUGGCCAAAACUACCAAACACUACCCCGCCACUACCUACCUUAUUCCUCAUAACGACGCUUUCAACCACCUCGGUCUGACUAUGAAGUGGCUUCUCUUGCCUGAUGGGAAAGAUGAUCUUCGGAAGGUCAUCAAGUAUCAUGCUGUUGAUGGGCUUGUUUAUUCGCAAGAUGUGAAUGUUGGGAGACAAGUCUACAAGACUGUUGAGGGUGGGGAUAUUGUCAUUGAGCGUGGUAAAGGCAAACACGGUGCUCUCACCGUAGGUUCGCCAAACAAGUGGUCCGGACACGACUCGUUCGCUUCCCUCCCCUCCAACGGCGAGCUUUUCCCUGCCAACAUCUCCACCUCUGACGCGCUCACCGAUACGGGCGUGAUCCACACUAUCGACCAGGUCGUCAUGCCCGCAGAUGUGGGUAUUACGAUCGCCAAAUUGGUCAAGGGGUCAAAGCAGAGUACGAUGGCGGAUCUGAUGAGCCACGCGGGCCUUGGGUGGAUUUUGGAAGGGAGGGAGCCGAGUGGGGAGGAGGUUACUAGAGUUGCGCUUGAGGGCUGGGUCAGGGCUGCGGACGAAGGAGGCGAGGGUGGGAGUGAAGGGGAGGGUGAGAGUGAAAGUCUGGCUUAUCCAGCCUAUACUGUGCUUGUCCCAACAGACAAGGCAUUCGGCAAACUCAACCUCACAUACUAUACCAACAACCCUCCCGCCCUUCUCGACCUUCUCAAACUGCACAUCAUCCCUUCGCAAACCCAGCUCUCAUCCUCAUCCUCGUCCUCUCCUCUUCCCCCACCCCCGGAAACCAUUCCACAAGAAGGUCAGCCUCUCUUGCUGAUGGAUGAUACAGUCUACGGCACGCUCUUGUCAAGCCGUAGUAAGUUUGCGGAUUUGGCAUUCAGGAAUGCGGGGGAUGGGAGCUGGAUUGUGGGGAUUCAGAAUGCGAGGAAUGGGGCUGGGGGGGAUUCGGCCAGGGUGGGGGCUAGUGGGAGAGCUAGUGUGAGGUGGAGGAAUCCGAGUGCGGCUUCCAAGGGCCAUAAAGACAAGCAUAACGCAGAAGGAGAUGAUGAAGGCGGGGAUGGCGAUGAUGAGGAAUGGAAAAAGUUGUGGAGAGGCGGUAUGACGCUUGGAGGGGGUGUGCUCAUCAUCGACUCUGUUCUCGUCCCAUACGAGAUCAGCUGGUUCUCUCGAUGGGGUUUCUUGACAGUAACACUAUCCGGGAUCGGCAUCUUACUUGUCGCUACAGCUGGAAGCAUCGGCUAUUGGUUCUGGACCCGCGAGAAGGAAGGUUACGAGCCCAUCCUGGUAGAAGAAGAAGGCGAAGGCGAGGAGCAAGUGUAGAUAUUCCAGACAAGGACAUCAGCAUAAAUCACCUCUUCAGCAUGUUUGAAUCUGUAUAUCGUUGUACGUUUUUGAUGUUGCCAUGUAAUACUCGAUCGUGUCUUUUGUCACA